CUCCCUCUACCGCCUCUACACAGCCGAGCCAGCUGCAGACCGCUCUGCCUAGUCUCUCGAGCUCCUUCUAUCUGCUCGUCUAGCGUGUGCUCGACUUCGAAGCGUGCUCUAUCGUCAUGGUCAUCCGCCGCGUCCUGCUCGACGCGUUCGGCACCGUCUUCUCUCCUCGCGAGCCGGUCUUCCAACAAUAUACAUCGGUCGCGCGCUCGUUCGGCUUGCAGGUGGACGAGGGCCGCGUCAAGGACGGUUUCAAGCAUGCCUUCAAGAACUGGGCCAAGUUGCAUCCGCUGUACGGCAAGCGCAGCACGCCGCCGCUGGAUGCCGCGCAAUGGUGGACCGGCGUCAUCGACGAGACGUUCCGCCGAGCUGGCGUCCCCGAUUCAGACUUUAAGCCGGUCAGCGCAUCCCUCUGCGACGCGCUCGUGCACCGCUUCUGGGGCAAGGACGGCUACGCCCUGCACGACGACGUCCACCCUCUGCUUCAGUCGCUCCACGCUCUCGGCCUUCCUCCGCCCGUCAUCGUCAGCAACACCGACCCGUCGGUAUCGCGCAUCUUGCGCGCUCUCGGCAUUCUCGAGGGUCAGACGGACCCGCUCGACGCCGGAAUCCGCGAGCGCGAGGUGUGGACGACGUGGGAGCUCGAGCAGGAGAAGGGCAGUACAGCAUUCUGGGAGGAGGUCCUCGUGCGGCUGAGGGCGACGGCGAGGGAGCGAGGAGAAGACGAGCUCAGGGCGGACGAGGUGCUUGUUGUCGGGGACGAGGCGGUCUCAGACUACGAGGCUCCUCGGCGCGUCGGCAUGCAGAGUCUGCUUCUGCGCCGCAUGCCCGUCGGCGAGCACGCGCGCGCGAGCUACUCGGACGACGAGAGCGCCAUCGCCAAGGCCGACACGGUCGCCAACCUGCUCGAGGUCAUCAAGUUUGUCGAGCAGUCGACUGGCGCCUGAGGAGGACGGCGCGAGCUUGCUCGAGAGCGAUCGGCAAAACGAGCUGUCGUCGACGGCAAGAAGAACCUCGAGAAGUUCCCGAGCGCGUUCGAUAGCCUCACCCUGCCUUUGUUCGGCUUCAGCGACUCUGUCGCGGUCGCCAAGCAGAAGUACAUCGAGCUCAAGGUCGCGUCCCGCACACCUGCGAUGGACUUUCGCCAGCUGCUCAACCCGAGCGGCGACCCGCAGCGCGUGACGUUCGACACGUCGCUGCCUCCUCGAACCUCGGCGGCGAUGCGCCUCGACUCGCUCCUGUCGGGCCCCGAGGCCAGCGCCCCCGUGCCAGCCUUCGCCAACAACAUGUACACGGCCUCCCCUCAUGCAGGCGGGUUCGCCCCCUCUGCGUUCGAGCUCUCGCCCGCCGUCCCUCCUCCACCUCCCCCCGCCUUCGACCCGUACGCCUUCCUCGACCCCGCGCUGCUCGCCGCCCAGGUGCGCGACGCCAUGGGCAACGCGCCGGCCGCCGCACGAGGUGCAUCGCCGGUCUCGACGACGUCGCUCGUCGCCGACUCGGACGACGACUCGCGGCGCAAGGGAGCAGGCGAGCAGGGCGCGCAGCAGGCGGUCCAGGUGGACGAGGACGGAGACGUCGACAUCAUGGGCAUGGGCGAGGGGGACGAGACCAUGACUGUCGCGGCGCUCAAGGCUCAACGCCCCCCGUCAGUCACGCCCAAACCUCGUUCAAAGCCGUCGUCGACCAAGCCGAGGCCUCGCCCUCUUCACCUCUCUUCCACCGUCACCUCACCCGCCCCAUCCCCUGGCCCGUCCGGUCUCUCGCACGAGCUCCUGUACGACGACUCGACCCUCGGCACCCUCACCGAGUCGUCCGCCGUCCCGACUGCCCCGCCAAUGUCGCCCUCCUCCUACGUCCACCCGCGCCUGAACCCCUCCCACCCUCGCCCUUCUCUCCCGCCCGCCUUCGAGGCGUACCGCCCGCCACGACGCGCCACGUUCGCGGCCGAUCCCGACGACACCGACUCGGAGGAGGACGAGGACGCGCGGCGCCAGGCGAGGUCGAGGAGGGCUCAGGAGGCGGCGAGGAAGGGCAAGAACCGGGCCAACCGGGCCAAGGACGACGACGAGGAGGUCGACGACCGCCUCUACUGCAUCUGCAAAGAACUGUACGACCCAGAGCGCAUGAUGAUCGCCUGCGACAGCUGCGAGGAGUGGUACCACAUCGACUGCGUCAACAUCGACGACGAGGCCGUCUCGCUCGUCGACCUGUUCUUCUGCCCGAGAUGCUCUGCAGUGUCGCACACGAACCGCACGACCUGGAAACGAGCCUGCGCUCGCCCAACCUGUCGCUCGCCCGCCGCACCCCUGUCGAAGUACUGCACCGACUAUUGCGGAAUCGCCGUCGCCGCCGCUCGCCUGUCGCUCCUCGAGACCGAGCGCGGCAUCGACCCGUCCACCUUCUGGGACCGAGUCGCCGGCGCGCAGCGCCGCGAGGCCGAGGUCGUCGAGAUGAGCGGUGCGGCCGAUGAGGUCGACGUGCCGGCCGUCGAGGACCUUCCUGCGCCCGAGCGCGCCGCUCGCGAGGCCGAGGCCCGUGCGCGAGCCUGGGCGCGGCAAGACGCCGCCGCGGCGACGCUGCGCGCCGAGCUCGUCAAGCAGCUGCACGCCAACGACGCUCGGCGUGCGAGCCUACGCGACAAGCGCCGCCUCGUGCAGCUGCGCAAGACGUACCUCGGGAUCGCCGUGCGUCGGUGGGAGGCCCUGUGCGUCGCGACGGCCGCCGAGCUCAAGCGCGAGGGCAUCGACGUCGGCGGCGUCGACGAGGAGGAGGUCGUCAGCGAGCGCAAGAGCGGCGGGCGGCGCAAGGGCAAGGGCGGCGCCAAGAAGAAGGGCCCGCAGGCGCCGACGAGCCUCCCGACGGCGCAGUGCGGGCUCGACGUCCGCCUCGUGCUCGACGAGGCGGCGUGGCGCGCGUGGGUCGAGGGCGAGGGGCGCGACAUGCUCGACGUCGAGCAGAGGGGCGACACGGAGGGUGCGACGGCGCGCGCGCUCGACAACCUCGAGGGCGUGUGUCUCGAGACGAGGAAGCGGUGCGACCGCCACGCUGGGUGGCAGAAGCUGCGGGACCUCGACUUCAAGCUCGAGGAGGCUGUCCUGGACCGUCGCGUGCAGCACUUUGACGCCCUCGGCACGACCCUCACGUCUCGGCUCGCCCAGCACGACCAGUCGGUCGCGUUCCAGCUCGCGCACCGCGCGCGCACCUGCGACCCGGACGUGCUCGUGCCCGUCGACGACUUUUUCGCCGACCAGGAGGAGGCGCGCGACGAGCGGCAGGCGCAGGCGGCCGACGAGCGGCGGCGCGCGCGCAGCCCGUCGCUGCGAGCGGGCGUCGACGCGGCCGAGGCGAGCAAGGUCGGCGACGGGGUCGAGGUGCCGGACGAGGUGCUGCAGUACCUGUCGCGGGCUCAGCUGCGCGAGCUCAAGCGGCAAGGGAGGGCGUAGAGCGAGGUGCUGCAUUGCCGUGCGUGCGCUCGUUGCAGGUUG